AACAAAAAGGUCAUUAACCUGAUCUAAUUACCGGCCUGCAGAUCGAUUUCCUCUAUCAAAAUGAGUGUAGCCAUGGUUAAUAGCUCGACGAUAAUGGGAUUCAUGAAAGAUAGAAAGACGUUCAACAGUUGCAUUGACGAAUGUUUUGAGAUGCUAGAUAUCGAUGGUAACGGUACACUUUCACGAAAAGAGCUUCGUGGAGAAUUCCAUAGGGUUUUGUCAUUGGGAUACUACAAGUCGGAACCGGAAGAGGAGACCAAUGAUCUGCACGAAAUCGUUUUCAAAAGGUUUGAUGAGGAUAAAAAUGGGGUGAUUGAUCGUAAGGAAUUUAUGGCCCUUAUCAGGGAACUUAUGCAAGCCAUGGCACGAGGAAUUGGAGAUUCGCCAGUUCUAGUGGCUCUUGAGCAAGAUAGUCUGCUUAUGAAGGCUGCUCAACAUGAAUUGGCGGCCUUGGCCAGCAUGAAGCUGGGAUCAGCUAGGAAAAAAAGUGGCAAAAGAUCAGAUAUAAAUGGGCUUCUGGGUAUAUGCCUUUGCUGUCAUAAAUUGGAAACUUGCAACUAGCACAACCGCAAUAAUGAUAUAUCAGCUUUGUCAAAUGAUCAGCGGCGUGCAUGCUUAAUCUGCGAAACCAUGCCAUGAUUCGCAUGAAUAUUUGCAGCUAGUGACGUCGAUCCUAGCUCCUCAAUCUGAUCUCUCGUAAUCCAUGCAUGAAUAUAUGCAUAUUUUGUUUAAUUUCUUAGAAAAGAAAAGAUGAAGAAUAAUAUAUAAAUCAUUGACAUCGAUCUCCUGA